AUGGCGAGCGGUAGCGGCCUCGGCCAACCUAACGCCGUGAGAGAGACCAUGGACAUUCUGCUUGAGAUUUCAAGAAUUUUGAAUACCGGUUUAGAUAUGGAAACACUGUCUAUUUGUGUACGACUUUGUGAACAAGGAAUCAACCCAGAAGCCUUAUCAUCUGUUAUUAAGGAGCUUCGCACUAAAGGCUGCUGA